AUGUCCACAGCCAAGGGUCCUGCCCUUGACAGGUCCUUGGUUGACAGAAGCUGUGAGCUUGGGCAGCUCCCUAUGCUCACCCCAGAGAUGGCUGCCUGCCACUUUCACUGCCCACAGGCCCAAUGGAAACCCAACAAGCACCAGAGGGUGUUGGGGACCUAAAAGUGCUUCUCCACCAGACCUCCUGCCGAGGCCUCCAUGGGCCUAGCUCUCUCUAGUCCUUGGGACACCUAUAUAAAGCGAUGGCUGUGGGUUGUGCUGAACCCUGAAUAGACCUGCAUCCGGGUGAUGGUUAAGAUUGUCCCUCCUGAGGCUAGCAGUAACCUCCUAACAUCUCUGUGUCUUAAAACCCUCCCUGCAGAGCUUCUUGAGGAGUAUCCAGACCCCUAUGCUAAGGAGAGAGUGCUGAGGGCUCUCAGCCAAUGCAAGAAAGCGAUGAGGCAAUUUGAGGAGCCUCUGUGGUAAGUACCAGAAGUGAAAAACAGAAGACAGAAUCCAGAGCCUAAGCUCCCGUCUAACUUCAAACCCUGGAUUAAAAAUGGAGUGGAAGUGUCCUUUGUUCCCAAACCAGGGCCUCUGAACUGA